AUGAAGCUACUCUUGUACCUAGUAUUGUUACUAAAUACGUGUAUUUUUGUACGUGCCAUAAAUAGUGUCAAAAAUGUUACAAAUGUUACAGAAACAAGCAUUGGACCGGGAGAUGGGUUAGAUCUCUCAGGAACAGGAAUGUCAACGCCACACAUCUCUCAUUUGGCAUCAACGAAUCCAUUUAGUAUAUUAUCACCAAGUCCACAACCAACUAGUUCUCAAUCUAGUACUAUCGACAUUCAUACAAUCGGCGGCCUUAGAAACGUCAAUAUGCAGUUAUCUCCUGGGAGAAAAGACAAUCAUGAAGGGAAAUUUUAUAUUCCAUAUCCAAUGACCCAAGAAUUACUUGAUGAUAAACUGAUGAAGGCUUUUGGUGUUAUUAAAUACUCAAAUGAAGUCUCAUUAAAUUGUCAGGGUUAUGCAAAGCCAUCACUAUGUUACUCUGCAUUCCCAAUAUGUCGUGAUCCUGCCAGUAUUCUUAAACUUAAAAAUUCUGAAGCUAGUGCAAGUUUAUUUCAUUUUUUGAAUUCAAAUCAAGGUGAUUUGUCCAGAGAUACAGGUGAUGGGGAUGAUGCAGACGAUAUUACUGGAUCUCAUGGUAUUCCCAGAAAACGUAGUCCCACAUUGGGUCCUGGCUCAGAAUUUAACCCAUAUAAAGAAGGAAAAGUACCCAAUAAAAAAAUAAUAAAUCAAAGCUAUGGAGAAAUACAGUUGUCUAACAGAAAUGAAAUCAAUCGUAAAUUACGGAGGAUUUGUCGAAAAGAAUGUGAAAUACUAGAGAACGAUUUGUGUAAAAAAGAAUAUGCAAUUGGUAAGAGACAUCCACUGAUUGGACAUCAAGUGCCUUUAAUUGACUGCUCCGAUUUACCGAUGGAAGAUACUGCCGAGGCUCGUGAUUGUUUAAGUCUUGGAAUUUCCUCAGGAAACAAUGUACAAGAAAAUGACUAUUGCUAUUGGGGAAAUGGAAAGUCUUACCGUGGUAUUAUAAAAACAAGUAUUAGCGGGAAACCAUGUAUGCAAUGGUCUCAUGGUGAAUUCAAUCUUCAGAUUUCUGAUUAUCCUGAAUUAGCUGGAAAGCAUUCAUAUUGUCGCAAUCCAGGUGAUAAGGAAUCACAACCGUGGUGUUAUGUUUAUGUCGAUAGUAAACCGCAAAAAGAAUUUUGUAAUAUACCUAAGUGUGUUGAAAACUUAUGGAUCUAUGCAGUUGUUGGUUUUGUACUAACAGGAGGAUUUGUUGUCAUAUUGGUUUGUUAUUGCUGCUGUUAUAGAAGCAGAAAAUCUAGACGGCAAAUGAAUCAUUUGCCAUCAAAUAAAAUGUUAACUGGUAUACAAUGUGACAAAAAUAUAUACGACGGAAGGCGAAGCACAACGCAACCUAUGGAAAUGAGUUCUCUUUUAGCCGGUCCUGGUAAUACAACUCCAGGAACAGGAACGUUAAGUAGUGGUAGUAGUCGAACGUCCAAUAAUAGAGUACCACAAUUUACUACCAAUAAUGUUGUACUUUUACAAGAACUUGGGGAAGGAGCUUUCGGGAAGGUAUAUAAAGGUGAAUUACAAACAGGCAAUAAAUGUGAACCACCAAUUUACGUAGCAGUAAAAACAUUAAAAGAGAAUGCAAGUCCUAAAACACAAAGCGACUUCAAACGGGAAGUUGAUCUGAUGACAGACCUAAGGCAUCCAAACAUUAUUUGCCUACUGGGCGUAAUAUUGAAAGGGGAACCAAUGUGUAUGUUGUUUGAAUACAUGACCCAAGGCGAUUUACAUGAGUUUCUCAUUUGUCAUUCACCAAGAUCGGAUGUUCCAUUGAAUAAUGGCAGCGGAAAAAUUUUAGAGCAGCCAGAAUUUUUACACAUUGCUUUACAAAUUGCAUCUGGUAUGGAAUAUUUAGCUAGUCACCACUAUGUUCACCGAGACUUAGCCGCGCGGAAUUGUUUAGUUGGGGAGAAUUUAACAGUAAAAAUCUCCGACUUCGGUUUGUCUCGUGAUAUAUAUAGUAGCGAUUACUAUAGAGUUCAGUCCAAAAGUCUAUUACCUGUUCGGUGGAUGCCACCAGAAUCAAUUCUUUACGGCAAGUUUACAACAGAAUCCGACGUAUGGAGUUUUGGAGUAGUAUUAUGGGAAAUUUAUAGUUACGGUUUACAGCCAUAUUACGGGUACAAUAAUCAAGAGGUGAUAGACAUGAUUCGAUCAAGACAAUUAUUACCCUGUCCAGAGGACUGCCCAACGAUGAUCUACAGCCUAAUGAUAGAGUGUUGGCACGAGGUAGCAAACCGCAGGCCGCAGUUUCCGGAGAUUCAUCAUCGUCUGCACAACUGGUACAUAAACCAAACUUACCUGAGCGAUUUCUGUAACGAAUCUAUCACCAGCUAUUCCGGAAGCAGUCACAAAAGCACAAAUAAAACCAAUUCCACGCAGCUAUCAGCGCCAAUAUACAAGUGUGAUCCAAAGGACAUGAACUUCAAAGGUAACAUGGAGCAACCAUUCUGCAACUUGAAUGACCACAGCAAUGGGAUCAAGAUGUUGCCACCGAGCUUUCAAAACACAAACUCCGUCGAACAGAGGCCAAAUUGUGGCUUCAAUGAACACAGUACACCCAUGAAGGCCCCCAUCUAUCCAAAUCAAACAACAAACAUCAACUUGAACGACUUUGAUGACAAACAAUGUUGCUCGCCAAAAUUAAGUGGAGCAAAAAAGGUAUUACCUCCAGCUCCGCAGCCAAUAAGCAAACUAAACACGCCCAAUGGAACCAGACCAAUGCAAAACGGAGCACAAUUAGUAGUCAGGUUACCAGACCCCAGUAAAGUCACUACCGAGACCAGGGUAUCAAAGUGAAGAAUUGUUCACUUGGACGAUUUUUGUAUGUAUUCAUCGUAUUCAUCGUAAUCG